UUUUUACACGCUGGGACAGGGUCGGAUUUCAGGCCACGCCUCAAAACGUGUACGCGUAAUAUGAUUGGACGACGAGACACGUUCUCAAAUAACAUGAGCGAAAAAGUUAACUCUCUCACAAGUUUGGCGAGAGUUGCAUUUUUAGUAAAUGACAAGAUUUACCAAAGGCGAUUAGCCAUUUUAUAGUAGAGUUUUUGUAUUAACCCGCGUUAUAGUAAAACAGAAAAACAACAACUACAAUGUCACUUUGCAAAGAGCGAUUAGUUCAUGAAGAAAAGCUAGAAGCAGUCUUGAGUAAAAGCAAUGGGGACACUAAGAAGUCCAAAGCGGUCUGUGGUGUUUGCAGUCGGAUGUAUCGAGACCCUAAAAUCCUGCCCUGCUUGCACACGUUCUGUGCGGACUGCAUUCGCCAGCGCGAGCCGUUCUCAGAGCGUCGCGUGAACGGGGAACGACGCUCGCCAGAGGAUGACACGCACCGGCGCGACUCUGGCUCAACAAUCCUGUGCCCUGAGUGCGAUUCGGAGGUGGAUCUGCCCCCAUCGGGUGUGGAUGGGCUGACAACUGACCAUCUUGCGCUGGACGAGGUUUUCGUGGAGACGCUGCUGGUGGACUGCAGGGUUUUGUGCGACUUGUGCAGCGAGAGUGACGCGGGGAAGCGCUGCGAGGUGUGCGGCGUCAAUCUCUGCGACUUCUGCAGUCAGGCUCACAGGAGACAGAAGAGGACCUCCUCUCACUCUAUCCAAAGCCUACAGGAGCUGAAGUCUCAGGGUCGUCUCACUAGACCCGUCCUGUGCUCGCUGCAUCCUGGACAGGAGUUACGGCUCUUCUGUGAGCCGUGUGACCUCACCGUGUGCCUGGAGUGUGCGGCCACCUUUCACCACGACCACCACUGCAGCUCUGCCCAUGAAGUCAUCAGUCAUCAUGGCGAUCGCAUCAGAGAUCUGGUCGUCAGGAGCUUAAGGCCUCGUCUUGGCCGUCUGGAGGAGUCUCUAAGACGCGUAGACACAUCCCAAGAGGCGCUGCAGGCUCGGGCUGACACGUUGGCGGGUGAGAUCCGGGCGUUUGCUCGGAGCUAUGCCAGCGCGGUGGAGGCUCAUUGCAGCUCACUGCUGCGGUCACUGGAGGACUUAAGGUCGCAGCGCAGGAACCAACUCCAUCUGCAGAAGGCUCAGCUGCAGCAGGCCUUGUCUGACGUCCGCGGUGGGGUGGACUUCGCUGAACGCCUGCUCACGUGUGGUUCUGACGCUGAAAUCCUCAGUGCCAAAGGAGUUACUAUGAGGAGACUGAUGAACCUUGUGGAGUCAGGAUUCGACCCACAGCCAACGACGGUCGCCCCUGAUAAUGCCAGCAGCAUCUGUUUCCUUCCUCAGGAGAGUGCUGGAGAGGUGCAGGGAUUUCCUGUGGUGGGAGUCAUACAUGCCAAGACUGUGGAUCCCAGCAAGUGCACGAUCCAGGGAGAAGGUGGGGAACGAGGUCAUGAAGGCCAGAGGGGAGAGUUCACUCUGGUUUGCAGGGACUCCUCCGGAGAGCAGAUGGGCCGAGGUGGAGACCCUGUGCUGGUCAGCAUUGUGCACAAAGAGAAGAAGGGCUGCACUGUGGAGGCGGCUGUGGUGGAUAAGGGGGAUGGUUCCUAUGUUGUGUCCUACACCCCAGCUGAAGCAGGUCUCUACUCUGUGUGGGUCUGUGUUAAAGCUCAGCACGUCCAGGGUUCGCCAUUUGUGCUAAAUGUGAAAAGGAAGUUCAGACGUCACCGUGGCAUAUUUCAUUGUUGUUCAUUCUGCUCCAGUGGGGGCGCUAAAGAGGCAUGCUGUGGCUGCACAGGAACUAUGCCAGGAGGGUUUCAGGGUUGUGGACAUGGUCAUAAAGGACACCCCGGUAAGCCCCACUGGUCAUGUUGUGGGAGUGUAGUGGAGGCCUCAGAGUGUAUUCUACAUAACCUGGGCAGCGUUUCUCCUCGUGGACACCUCAGGACUGUGGAGCUCUGAGACAGAGCAAAUAUACACUCUAUCUGAUCGACAUAAGCAUAAACUCAUAAACAUACUUGAAUCUUCUCAAUCAGCCUA